AUGGCCGGCAUCGAGAGGCUCGAAGUCCACAGCAAGUCGUACAUCGUGCGCUGGGUGCGCGCCGACGCCGGAUCUACUCUCUCAUGGAGCGUUCAGCCGCAUAAAAAGUCCAUACAUCCCGGCUCCGGAGCCACCACACUUGUCUCAUCCUCCGCCGACGACGGCUCCCUCUCCCCCGACAUCGACGAGGGUAAAGCCAACAAGAGCAACAAAAAAGACACGGCUCAAGAGAUUCUCGCCAGCAAGGGCUUCAUACCCGUAAAAUGGGUCGGCAAGUGCGAGGCCGACAAGGUCUCCAUAGGCACAUAUGAUGUCCUAGAUGGCCAGGGAGGCAUGUACGGCCUCGUCUUUGACAACACAUUUUCCAAGCAAACCUCCAAGACUGCCACCUUUGUCGUCCUCACAUAUCCAACCGGCGCGCCUCCCCAAGGCACCACGACCAUCCCGAACUUGCAGCUCCCCAAGUCCAGAGAUAGCCAGUCCAGUCUCCCCAAAGCCGGUGCCUUUUCGCAAGACGUCGAUCCCAGUGCAUCUACCGACAGUAUUCAUAGCCCCGAUGUGACCGGCCGCGCCAGAUCCGCUUCCAACAGAACCGACGGCAACGGUGCGUCCUACCACGUCGGCACGCUCUCUAAGCGACGGAGAAAGAAGGGCCAGGGAUAUGCGCGCCGCUUCUUUUCUCUCGAUUACUCGACCUACACGCUCUCAUACUACUAUAACCGCAACUCCUCUGCCCUCCGAGGUGCCAUCCCGCUGAGCCUCGCAGCCAUUGCCGCCGACGAGAGACGCCGAGAGAUUAGCAUUGACUCUGGCGCCGAGGUCUGGCACCUGAGAGCCCCCAAUGCCAAAGAAUUUCAGGACUGGGCGCGGGCACUGGAAAAGGCUAGCCGUGCUGCCCGGGGUCUUGAAAGCGAAACUUCGCAGACGUCUGCCAAGGCCAGCGUCCCAAGAGCACGCACUGUCUCGGGCCGACAGCAAGCUCCUGGCCAAGAAGAGGAGGCUGAGUGGCACGAGGUCGAGACUCUCGUCAGCCGCGUCGUGGGAACCAGAGAUGCGCUGCGCCGCCUCACUAAGGAGGUUGCCGCGCUGCCUAAGCCUGGAGCAAGCCCCUCCGCACUCUCACCAAAUAACGCCGUGACAGGCGAGGACGGCGAGAGCUACUUUCCUGCGGCCGAGAAGAAGUCGUUUUGGCGCCGCAAGUCUAGCGCACCUGGAAUGUCGCCGGCUCUACAACAAGCUACCGCUUCCGCACUGGCUGUUCCCACGCCAGGCAGCGCCACCGCUCUCGAUACCAACGGAUCCAAGGCGGCCAAGAGAAGAUCAAAGAGCGCUGUUCAGGAGGAAAAGAGUCUGCAAGGUCAUUGUGAAUCUCUUCUCGCAGACUUGGACUCGGUCGUUGCGGAAUUUAGCAGCUUAAUUAGCACCAGCAAGAGGCGGCGCAUGCUCACUGCUCCGCCCGCCCCGGUUGCGUCUCGAUUGAGCAUGGAAAGCACUGCCUCUACCGUGGACGAAUUCUUUGACGCCGAGGAUGCUGGAUCGAGAGUUCUUAAAAUCAAUGAAAGCGACGACGAGUCGGCUGAAGAGGACGAAGAGGACGAAGAUGACGGCUCCUCCGUCUCAUCAAUGGAAGCCGAAGAUGCAAUCGGCCCUGACGGCACAAAUCACCUAUAUCCGAUCAAGUCCAAGACUCUCACGCCGCUGCCAAUGAGCGGAAAAGUGAAUCGUCGACAGACAAUUCCGCCCGCGACUGUACUGCCGCCAAGCCUCAUCGCCUUUGUCAGGAAAAACGUUGGCAAGGAUCUCAGCACAAUAAGUAUGCCGGUGUCCGCGAAUGAGCCCCUAUCACUGCUACAGAAGCUAUCAGAACAGCUCGAGUACGCGGAGCUCCUAGAUAAGGCCUCCAAACUGGCCACUCCUACCGAGCGUCUGGUUUACGUCACUGCCUUUGCCAUUUCUCAAUUCAGCAGUGGUCGAGCCAAGGAGCGUGCCAUCCGGAAACCGUUCAACCCGCUUCUCGGCGAGACCUUUGAGCUUGUCCGUGGCGACGCUGAGACGCCCGGUGGCUUUCGGCUGCUAGUCGAAAAGGUGCAGCACCGCCCCGUCAAGCUCGCCAUCCACGCCGAGUCCGCCCACUGGUCGCUGGCGCAAAGCGCCGCGCCCGGGCAAAAGUUUUGGGGCAAGAGCGCGGAAAUCACGACGGACGGCCGGGUGCGCGUGGUUCUGCACCUUCCCGACGGCAAGGACGAGCUCUACUCGUGGAACAUUGCCAACAUGUUCCUACGAAACGUCGUCAUGGGCGAAAAGUACGUGGAGCCAGUCGGCACCAUGACCGUGACCAACGACUCGACGAGCCACCGGGCGAGCAUCGAGUUUCGCAGCAAGGGCAUGUUUGGCGGGCGCUCCGAGGACGUGCACGUGGAGGUGCUGAACCCGGACGGCAGCGACGCAGGCACCGGCAUGGCCGGCACCUGGACAACCGGCCUGCACAAGGCCGGCAAGGGAGGGAAGCACCACGGCGGCGAGGCGGUGUGGCGCGUCGGCGGGCUGGUGGACAACGCCGCGCAGACCUACGGGCUGACACGGUUCGCGGCGACGCUCAACGAGGUCACCGAGGUGGAGCGCGACCGCAUGGCGCCGACGGACAGCCGGUUGCGGCCGGACCAGCGCAUGGCCGAGGAGGGUGCGCUCGACGACGCGGAGACGUGUAAGCAGCGGCUGGAGGAGGAGCAGCGCGUACGGAGGCGCCAGCUCGAGGACAGCGGCGAGGCGUACGCCCCGCGCUGGUUCGUCAAGGUGGAUGAUUGCGGAGAUGGCGAGGGCGGCGGGGAGGAGUGCUGGCGCAUCAGGACGGGCAAGGACGGGUACUGGGAGGAGAGGGCCAAGGGUGCCUGGACGGGCGUGACGGAUAUCUUCAAGGUAUAG